AUGAAGUUCUUAACCAUCUAUCUCGUCUUUUUCCCUCUCACCAUCGCGCACACACGACAAUAUGAAGCAAUCCAAGCUGCACCGGGCGACCUUAUGCCACGAUUCUUUAUAGAUCGCUCGUUCCCUCUAGCUAAGCGUGCUGGAGACUGUGGUUCAGACCAUCACAACUGCCUCGAGAUCGGCUUCCCUGAUGACUGUUGCGACAACGACUCUUACUGCUACGUCAACCGAAGUGGUGAUCCGAAAUGUUGUCCAAUAGGCUCGAAUUGCUCCUCCGACUCGCCGUGCAACUCGACCGCUUACUACUGCACUCGCACCGCCACUGCAAGUGGAACUACCACUGAGCAAAAAGGUUGCUGCAAUCGUAAAUGUCCAAAAACGAGUCUUUAUCUUUGUCCUAGCAGUCUCGGCGGGAACUGUUGUGGUUACAACUCUGAGUGCCGUGCUGGUAGUGUUUGCGCUUCAACAAGGCCUGCUUCGAGAACAGAUCUGCUGUCACCUAUACCCUCUGGCUGCACAACCUCGCAACAUAGCUGCACGAUCGGAGAGGGAUGCUGUGACAAUGACCAAGUGUGUACGCAAGUCAGCGGUGAGGGAUACUGUGCUUCAGCCACACCGACAGAAAGCGACGCAACGAUCAUUGAUGACGAUAGUAGCGAUAACGAGCUGUCAGACGGUGCAAAGGCGGGUAUUGGUGUUGGUGUCGUCGUGGGAGCAAGUAUCAUCAUUGGCGGUCUCACUUGGAUGUGCCUGCGAAAGCGAAAGCGCCAACGAAGUACUAUAGGACCGUCAGCUUCCGGCGAUGGAGACGGCAACGCCCUUCCUCGUGAUGGCAUGACAGACGUAUCAGGGAGUCAUGCCCGGUCAGGGCUAACUCAAGAUUACUUUGGACCAGAUCCUGCAACAGGGCCAUACACAGAGCCAGCCAGUUCACGGGUCACUUCACCUGGCAGAGACGCUGCAGUGCCUAUGCACGCACAAAGUCCAGGCGAUAUUGCGGCGCCAGUCGAGAUCGAUUCAACGACAAGAGAUGGUAGCGAUAUGCUAUCACCGAUGUCCAGUCCAAGUCUGUAUCAUACACCUCUUUCCGACACAAUAGACGGCCGGUUCGAGUUGUACGGUAAUGAUUCAGUGAUAACCCCUGAUCGCCCGCUGUCCAUUGUUCCGACGCCACCGCAAAGUAUAAUGGGAGAUAAAGGUACACGGAAGGAUUGA